GCAGACACACCUCCCUCUUCCCCUGUUUAUUUGCUCUUUUGUUUCUUUCUUCUGUUUACACACAACACUCCCUCGGUUUCUCCGCUAGCCGGAAACUGAGGAUUUAUACUUCUUCUUGUUUUUAUAAUUAUACUAGUGACCCACAUUUUACUUACAUUAUGGAAACUCACUCCCAAAAUUUCAGUUUCACUAAGUUUUACUCUGUAGUAGCUGUAGUUGUAAUUUUUUGGCCGUUCAUGGCUUCCGCCGGCCCCCUCCGUCGUGUUGUCGACACACAUUGGUACCCUGCUACUGCCACGUGGUAUGGUAGCCCCGAAGGCGACGGCAGUACUGGUGGGGCAUGUGGGUAUGGGUCAAUGGUGGAUGUGAAGCCGUUCAGGGCCAGAGUAGGGGCAGUGAGUCCCAUUUUGUUCAAAAAUGGUGAAGGAUGUGGGGCCUGCUAUAAAGUGAAGUGUUUGGACAGUUCCGUUUGUUCGAGAAGAGCGGCGACGGUGAUUAUUACCGAUGAAUGUCCCGGCGGGUACUGCUCCGGCGAUAGAGUUCACUUCGAUCUUAGUGGCGCCGCCUUUGGCCAUAUGGCUGUUUCAGGUUACGGCGGAAGCCUCCGUGACCGGGGUGUAAUCUCCAUCCUCUACCGCCGAACUCUAUGUAAGUACCCUGGAAAGAACAUAGCCUUCCAUGUAAAUGAAGGCUCAACACCUUACUGGCUCUCUCUUCUUGUUGAAUUUGAAGAUGGAGAUGGUGAUGUUGGAUCUAUGCAUAUCAGAGAGGCAAGGUCGAAUCAAUGGAUAGAGAUGUCACAUUUAUGGGGAGCAUAUUGGGCCAUAAUUGGAGGGCCAAUGCAAGGACCAUUUUCAGUGAAGUUAACAACACUCUCAACAGGAAGAGCCCUUUCAGCAAGAGAUGUUAUCCCAGGCAAUUGGUCACCUAAAGCUACUUACACCUCGCGGCUUAACUUCUAAUCUAUCGAUUGCCCUUCAAUUUAUGUGGGCGCGAUCUUUUCUACCCUAUUUUUCGCCAAGGAAAAGUAGCCGUUUGGAUCGAUAUAAGUAUAGUAUCCAAGGCUCUUUCUUGGUUGUUAACUUUUGUUCUUGUGUGGUUAGUUAUAGUUAACAAGGUUGUCAA